AGUUGUUAUCACCGAAAACAAGGCAAGAAUCGUGUCUGUUUUAACUUUUGGUUUCGAUUUAAAUAUUAAACAAAAACUCGAAUGAAGCUGUUGGAUCCAGUCGUGUUUGUAUCUGUGCUUUUUUUUUUUUAUAAAUCGGACACAUCACAGACUUAAUGAUUCUUGGACAAUAAUGAGAGUUUCUUGUUUUACGCUCCUGACUGUUUUAAGUCUGAGCGAAUCCGCAACGAGGACACACUACCUCGGGAUUCGUGAGGUAUACUGGAACUAUGAAAUCACAGAUAGCACUGAUAUCGUGCGUUACGAAUACCUCAGCAAUUGUUUUACAAAUGAAAUCAAGUAUAAAAAAGCUGUGUAUAAGGAGUACACAGAUGGAAAUUUUAUCACUGAGGUGUCUAAACCUCAAUGGAUGGGAUUACUUGGACCUGUGAUCCGUGCAGAAGUAGGCGAUGACAUUGUAGUGCAUAUGAAGAACUUUGCAUCUCGGCCUUAUUCAAUUCAUCCACAUGGCGUUUACUACAAAAAGGACUCUGAAGGUGCAUGGUAUCCGGAUGGUACAUCUGCUGCGAAUAAGAGUGAUGAUUCUGUGGCUCCAGGACAGUCUUACACAUACACAUGGAAGGUGACAGAAGAGUUUGCUCCUAAAGAGACUGACUCCUCCUGUCUUACAUCGAUGUAUCACUCACAUGUAAACGCAGCAAAAGACAUAGCAUCAGGACUCAUUGGAGUGCUGCUCAUCUGCAAGAAGGGAGCUCUGGAUCAAAUCAGAUGUCACCAAUCUGUCUCGUUUUGUGAAUAUUUCUUGAUGUUCAGCACAAUGGAUGAAAGCCUUAGUUGGUAUUUUGAUGAUAAUAUUAACGAGUUUUGCCCUGGGGUAGCUAAUCAAAUCAAUGAAGAAGAUUUUCAGACAAGCAAACUGCACUCAAUAAAUGGUUUUGUUUAUGGCAGCUUGCCAACCUUGGAAGUGUGUCUCGGAACCCCUGUGUUUUGGCAUCUUUUUAGUAUUGGAAACACCAUAGACCUUCACUCUAUCCACUUCUAUGGCCACACCCUACUCAACCAAGGUCACCGUACUGAUGUCGUCAGUCUAUUUCCUGCUACUUCAUUAACUGCAGAAAUGGUCCCCAUGACAACUGGGAAGUGGCUGUUCAGGUGUCAGGUUGAUGAUCACAUCCGUGGUAUGCAUGGCUUUUAUAACGUCUCGUCAUGUGAUAAAGACACUGCGCCCACAGUGUCCUCGGUUGGCCAUGUCAGGCGUCACUACAUUGCAGCAGAGGAGAUACUUUGGGAAUACGCACCCUCAGGGCAAAACAGACUGACCAAUAAACCACUAAAUGAAACAAACAGUGACUCAGAAGAAUUCUUCAGUACAAAUGAGGGAAGGUUGGGAGGAAAGUAUUGGAAAGUCAGAUACAUUGGGUACCAUGAUGAUACAUUUACUUCCAAGAUUGAGCAAAGUGGUUCAGAAAAACACCUAGGCAUUCUGGGUCCUGUGAUUAGGGGAGAACCUGGUGAUGUCAUUGAGGUGACAUUUAGAAACAAGGCAAGGUAUAACUUCAGCUUGCAACCUCGUGGAGUAUCAUAUGACAAAUCUUAUGAAGGAGUCAUAUAUCCAGAUGGUUCUCAGAAUGCAGGGGCCAGUGUGGCACCAGGUCAGACAUUUACAUAUCGAUGGCAGGUGAUAGAAGGCCCCUCUCCCAGUGACCCACCCUGCCUGUCAUACCUGUAUUACUCUGGUACAGAUCCCGUCUAUGACACUAACUCUGGUUUGGUGGGAACGUUACAAGUAUGCAAGAAGGGAGUUUUGGAUGAGAGCGGUCGACAGCAUAUAGGAUCAGAGGUGCAGAAGGAGUUUUUCCUUCUCUUCACUGUAAUGGAUGAGACUGAAAGCUGCUUCCUGGAGAAGAAUAUUAACGAAUUUGGUAAUAAGAAAAAUAAUAAUACCUACCAAUUUCAGGAGAGCAAUAAAAUGCGCUCUGUAAAUGGCUUCAUGUAUGGAAAUCUUCCUGAACUUAAUUUGUGUGAGGGGGACCAUGUUGUGUGGCACCUGAUGGCAUUGGGCUCAGCGCAUCUCUAUAGCGUUUACUUUCAGGGCAACACGAUUCAGCUGGACAACACUACACGGGACACGGUUAAUCUCUUCCCGCACUCUAGUGUUACUGUCUCCAUGAAACCUGACAAUGACGGACUUUUUGAGCUGAGCUCUCUUACAGCUGAUGACUAUCGUGGUGGCAUGCGGCAGCUUUACAUGGUAAAACGCUGCACACCGAGUCAGAACCAAGAGGGUACCUUUCAGCCCGAUGUGUAUUUCUACUUGGCUGCUGAAGAGGUGGAGUGGAAUUACGCCCCAAACCGAACAUGGGAGUUGGAGAAACAUAACACUACUCUUAAUGAAAGUCCUGGAAGCAUUUACCUCAAUAAAUCAGAGAAUUGGAUUGGGCCUGUUUACAGAAAAGUGGUGUACCGUAUGUACAAGGAUGAGACUUUCACAGAACAGGUUACCAGGGGUUCUGAUGAAGAGCAUUUAGGCAUUUUGGGUCCUAUUCUUAGGGUGCAAGUUGGUGAGAUGGUCCAGGUUGUAUUUAAGAACAAAGCCACUAGGCCCUAUUCAGUUCACGCUCAUGGAGUGAAGGCCAGUUUGGCCGAACCUGUUGAACCAGGAAGCACAACAAGGUAUAACUGGACAAUCAGUUCAGGUCCUGGACCCACUGAAUCAACUUGCACGACCUAUGCCUAUUACUCAUCAGCCAGCUUUCUUAAGGAUUUGGCAAGUGGCUUAAUCGGACCAUUAGUGGUGUGUCGAAAGGGGACUCUGAACAAGACGAGACAGCGGACAGAUGUGGAUAAAGAAUUUGCUCUGCUCUUCAUGGUGUUUGAUGAGAAUGAAUCAUGGUAUCUAAAGGAUAACAUACAAAAUUACCUAAAGAAAGACCCUGAAACUUUCAACAUUGACAGUGAUGGCUUUAUGGAAAGUAACAUGAUGCAUGGUAUUAAUGGAAAGCUGUACGCUAACUUACAUGGUCUGAGGAUGCGGCAGGGAGAUCGGACCGAAUGGUAUUUAAUGGCACUGGGGAAUGACGAAAUGUACACAGUGCACUUUCACGGUCAGAGUUUCGUAUACAAGACGGAUCACCCCCACAGAGCUGAUGUGUAUGGAUUGUUCCCUGGAACCUUUAAGACUAUUGAACUACAGGCAGGAACCCCAGGAACUUGGCUUCUUCACUGUCAUGUGACGGAUCACAUGGACUCUGGAAUGGAGACAACUUUUACCAUUGAAGCUACAAACACCAAAUCUCGAACAAAUGAUGCAACUUCCACGGCCUGGACAAAUGGUGCCAGCUUUAUGGGGUGUUUUUUUCAAAUGCUGCUGAUCAUCAUGCUCAGCUUCUGGCAUGAGUAACUUUGCAAAGCUUUUUUGCCACAAUUCUGCAACUUUUCCAGUUGUAAAAUAUAAUGUAUUAUACAUGCUACUUAGUUUAUUUUAAGAUGUAAGAUGUAAGUGACUGUAUAUUAUUAGUCUUGUUUUUUGUAUAGCUAAGAUCAGAACAAUAGAAAGUUCAGACACGAAUUGUGACCGAAUUAACUCAAAGAACAAUCUUGCUAAUUAAAAAUGAGCAUGUUAUCUAGUUUUGCUAGCUAGUUUACUAAUUAAGUGUUACUGACUAAGAACAAAUCGCACAAAAAACUUUAAAGAAUCUAAAUAACUAAAGUUUGUGGCGUUUGUGUAUAAGAAUCUAACUAGAUUUUUUUAAACUUUAGCUAAAGCUGCCUACAGAACAUAUAGCUAACUAGAUUUCGACUUUAAAACAAGCAAAACAUUUAUAUAAGCCUACCUUUGGGCACACAAGUAUCACUGAGAAAGUCUUCAGUUUCUCGUUCUCUGAUACAACAAAAGUUUAUCCUAUUGCAACAAUGCUGGCUGAAAAUAUUUAGUAUAUUAUGUAUAUUGUAAUAGUAGUUAUUAGUGUAGUAUAUUCCGUAGUACUGUGAUUAAAGAGUCGGAAGAACUGGAGACCUCAUUUGCCUUUAUCUACCUCCAGGCAAAAUUUCUACUGGUCCAGAAUUAAACCUAAGCCUUCACAAAAAAAAAAAAAAAGUAAGUAGGUAAG